GUGAUGCCAGUUCCUCGCCACAGCUUCCGUGUCUUCGCCCAGCAGGUAGCCACCAGUCAGAACUCAGCUCGCUUCAAUGUAGCUUUGGGGCGCAGAGUUGAGCAGCAGCCUUCCUGGCACUGGCAGCGUCUCGCGGCUGCGGGCGUUUGCGCAGGGCUUUGCUCGACGAAAGUCGGGAACCAUUCGCGACCGGCUGCUGCCUCGCGUUGUGCAGUGAGCACAAGCGCAGUGACGAUCGAAAAGCCAGACACUCACAGGUCUCGACAGUAUGAGUACAUGUUGCUGAAGAAUGGACUGCAAGUUGUACUUGCGUCUGAUCCCACAUGUGACAAAGCAGCGAUGGCUCUGUGCGUCGGUGUGGGGCGACUGCACGAGCCAAAAGACAUGCCGGGUUUGGCGCACUUCUGCGAGCACAUGCUCUUUCUUGGAACUGAGAAGUUUCCCGAGGAAGGCGAGUACAAGCGCUUUGUGAAGCAGCAUGGAGGCAAGUGUAACGCCUCCACCGGCGAUGACAAGACCUGCUACCAGUUUGACGUUUCACCGGCUUUCUUGGAGGGGGCCAUGGAUCGCUUCUCUCAGUUCUUCCUGACUCCUCUGUUCACGAAGUCUGCUACGGAGAGGGAGAUCAAUGCCGUGGACAGCGAGCAUUCCAUGCGCAUCUCAGACGAUGGCAGGCGGUCGUAUGCUUCGCUGCUGUUAGAUGCCAACCCAAACCAUCCCCUUCACUGGGGAUCUGGGAAUGCCAAGUCUCUUCGCGAUGAUCCGAAAGAACGGGGAGUGGAGCUGCACUCGGAGGUCAUCCGCCCCUCGGUGAACUCAGCGCCCGUCGUGGAUAUCUACCAUGAUGUCAUGAAUCUGGGCCCGAGCAGUCCUUCGCUGAAAGGCGAGCUCCUGCAUUCGCCGUCAAUGGCAGCAACUCCUGUCAAGUCCCUGGGCUUCUCUCAAGGAAACAAAGAGGAGAAGGAGGAGAAGGUGAUGGACAAGCUGAAACGCUGGAUCAACGUCCUGGCUGCCACACUUGUAGUGCUGAACUCCUUGGUCAUGAUGGUGGAGUUGGAGUUGGAGGGCAAUGCCAUUGGGACACGGAUCGGGCUGGUUGAUGAGGCAAUGCCGUAUGAAAAGGUCAGCCCAAUCUUCGAGACGCUCGACAGUGCCUUCGUGUUUAUCUUUCUGGCCGAGCUGAUCUUCCGAGCCUUUGUUGAGUGGGCAACGUUCAUGAAGGAGAUCGCGUUCUGGUUCGACUUCUUCCUGGUCGCUGCAGGUUUUGUUGACAUGUAUAUCAUCAUGCCCUUGGCUUCUGCCGGGGGGCUGGGAGGAGAGCACAAGAACAUUGUCUUGCUGCGGCUCGUGCGGGCGCUGAAGGCGCUCCGCGCAAUCCGUAUGGUGCGCACUUUGCGACUCUUUACAGGGCUUCGGCUCCUUGUGAAGGCCUGCCAAUGCUUCCUCCCUUCCCUCGGCUGGUCCAUGGUGCUUCUUGGAGUCUUUAUGUCCAUGGGCGCGCUGGUGCUGGGUACGCUGCUGCAGGACUUUAUCCUCGACCCGACCAACAGCCUGGAUGAUAGACAGUGGGUUUGGAUGCGCUAUGGCACAGCUUAUCGGGCGCUGUACACGCUGUACGAAAUAACCUUCGCCGGUAACUGGCCUACGAACGUAAGGCCGGUGCUGGACCGUGCGGGUCAUGGCUUCGUGAUAUUUUUCGUCGUGUACAUCACGAUCAUUGUCUUCGCAGUUAUACGCGUGAUAUCUGCAAUUUUCUUAAAGGACACUUUAGAUGCUGCCAACAAUGAUGCAGAACAUCUUGUCGUGGAGCGGCUGCGGAAGAAGGCGGAGUAUGUGGAGAAGCUAGAGCAAGUUUUCCACGCUAUGGAUGACGCUGGGGAUG